AUGAAUAACAACAACACCGCAAAGGAUAAUGUGUCGUCGGGAGUCGGUUGGGUUACUUCUACAGUUGGCAACGGACUCAGCGGCGUCGUAAACACAGCAGGCUCCGUCGUCGGAGCCGCCGGUCGUGGAGUCGGUGAUACAGUCAACGGUGUUACGGGCGAGACGGGCAAGCCUUUGGGCGAUGGAGUGAAAUACGUUACUGGUGGUAUUGAGGGAGGUGCUUCCGAUGUUGCGAAUGGGGUUAAGAAGGCUGGUGGUGGCAAGUAG